GUUACGGAUAUGUUCAAAGAUCUCGCGAAAAAGAAGAAGAAGUCCAAGAAGCCAAAAGAGGGCGAGGAAGCAGAAACACCCGCUGCCGAUGGAGAGUUCGACCCUUCGGCGCUGAAGAAGAAGAAGAAGAAGAAGCCCAAGACCACGGACGCAGACGAUUUCGAGGCCAAGCUUGCUGAAGUCGGCGCAGUGGAGAAGGAAGAUGCAGAAGAAGAGAAGACUGAAGAGCCGAUACAAGAAGGCGACAUGGAGAAGGGCACCGGUAUCUGGGCACAUGAUGCCACAACGCCAAUCAAAUAUAACAAUCUUUUGAAGCGUUUCUUCACCCAACUUCACUCGCAUCAUCCGGACCUCGCCUCCACAGGUUCCAAGAGCUACAAGAUACCACCUCCACAAUGUCUCCGCGAAGGCAACCGGAAGACUAUUUUCGCCAACAUCUCCGAGAUCUGCAAGAGAAUGAAGCGUUCAGAUGAACACGUGACCCAGUUUCUGUUUGCCGAACUCGGAACCAGUGGCAGCGUUGACGGCAGUAAACGACUCGUCAUCAAGGGUCGUUUCCAGCAGAAACAGAUCGAGAAUGUGUUGAGGCGCUAUAUCAUGGAAUAUGUUACUUGCAAGACCUGCAGAUCUCCCGAUACCGAACUCAAUAAGGGCGAAAAUCGUCUUUACUUCGUCACUUGUAACUCUUGCGGUUCGCGACGUAGUGUUACUGCCAUCAAGACUGGGUUCUCUGCACAGAUCGGGAAGAGAAAGAGACAGCAAGGUUAAAUUCGCGACUUCCAGAGGGCUUUCAGCAGUCGCUGUCCUAAAUGGAUUGAAUUUGGCGCCUUCUACCUGGACAUUCCGUAUGGUGUCGUUUGCGACAAGAGUUGAAAAACCCAGCUUGCAUUGCACUGCUGGUUCUGAUACGGGAUAAUAGCCUGUUCAGUGGAGCAACUUGACGACUGUACAUAUAUAUAUAUAUACAUAUAUAUAUAUCCACACGCUUCCAAAGCUCUCGUGAGGGACCUUGUUUGCUUAUAGACAGAGGACAACGAGAGGCAGAAGACAAAGGCUGAUCUGCACCGGUCGCGAAAGUUAAUAAUUAGUGAUACUACGUAGAUGUUCUAGGUAAUUAGCGCCAUGCACUCACCUCCAGAAUCACACUGCA